AUGCUUGUUCGGUUACCAUCCAGCCUGCACUACCCGAUCACCGUAACGUCGUUGCUCAAACAGCCCGGCGAUGCGGUGGAAAGGGAGGAUGCGCUGUUCUGGUAUGUCUACCAGACCACCGUCACCGAGGGUGACGGGCUGGGAAAUAAAGUCGAGGUGAAGCGCAAAUUUCCGACCAAGUUUGAGUCACCCGUCGAUGGCGAAUUGGUUCAGUGGAGGAUUGCAAAAGGGGAUGUCAUCAAUGGGCCGGUCGAUUUCAUGGUGGUCGAUGAACCAUGUGCUCACGAGGUUCAGUUCGGGGGACUUUGCGCAGAGUGUGGGAAGGAUAUGACUGCAUCCACCUACAACUCGGAUUUUCAAGAUGUCAUGCGCGCGACGAUCCCGGUGACCCACGAAAACACCGGUCUGACCGUGAGCGAGAGAGAGGCGACGCGGGUGGAAGAGGAUGCAAAGCGCAGCUUGUUGUUAAAUCGGAAGCUGUCCCUUGUGGUCGAUUUGGAUCAGACGAUCAUCCAAGCAACCGUUGACCCCACGGUGAGGGAAUGGAUGGAAGAUAAAGACAAUCCAAAUCACAAGGCUGUCAGGGAUGUCCGCGUGUUUCAGCUUGUCGAGAAUGACCCGGGAGCGCGUGGAGUAUGGUACUAUGUCAAGUUGCGGCCCGGGCUGGAGUCUUUCCUGCAUAACAUCUCGGAGAUGUUUGAGCUGCAUAUCUACACCAUGGGCACUCGGUCUUAUGCGCAACAUAUUGCUGCUAUCAUUGAUCCCGAUCGUAAGCUGUUUGGAGAUCGCAUUCUGAGUCGAGACGAGAGCGGCAGUCUCACAGCCAAGAAUCUACAUCGGUUGUUCCCUGUGGACACUAAGAUGGUGGUCAUCAUCGAUGACCGCGGGGACGUUUGGCGCUGGAGCCCCAAUCUCAUCAAGGUCGUGCCGUAUGACUUCUUCGUCGGCAUUGGAGAUAUCAACUCCAGCUUCCUGCCCAAAAAGCAGGAACUGGUCUCUCCAAGCACGCCGGGCGAGAAGUCUGCGGCCAAGACAGUAAAAGCAUCGCCCCGUGAGCACAAUGCUAAUGGAGCUACGGGCAGAGCAGGGGAUCAGCCGGAGAUGUCAACAUUGGAGCAGCUAGUGACGAUGGGCGGAGGAGACGACCCUCGCCUACUGCAGGAACAGAGCGAUGCACAGAAUGAGACGAUCAUGCAUCAAGUUGAAGAUCGACCGUUGUUACAGAAGCAGAAGGAAUUGGAUGCAGAAGAAGAUGCCGCUGAAAGUAGUGAUUCAUCAAGUAGCAUGGACGACUCACCGGAGAUGAACAAACACCGACAUCUUCUUCUGGAGGACAACGACCGGGAGCUGUUUGAUCUGGAGGUUCGUCUUGAGCAGGUGCACCGCAAUUUUUUCGACGAGUAUGACCGGCGGAGAUCACGAGCGCUGGGAGGACGAGUGGCAGCUUUGCGCGGCGAGAAGACACCCUCAAAGGAGAAGGAUGUCGACUUGAAGCUAGUUCCCGACGUCAAGGACAUUAUGCCGGCCAUUAAACGCCGUGUUCUCAGUGGUGUUGUUUUGACCUUCACAGGAGUACUUCCUCUUGGCACAGAUACACACAACGCAGACAUCUCGCUCUGGUCCAAGAGUUUUGGUGCGACCAUCAGUACGAAGAUCAAUUCAAGGGUCACCCAUCUCGUGGCCGGACGGAACCGCACGGCUAAGGUUCGAGCUGCAACGCGGUACCCCAACAUCAAAAUCGUGAGGACGCAUUGGUUGAGUGACUGCUUAACACAAUGGAAGCGUUUAGACGAGAAGCAAUAUCUCCUGCCUGUGCACCCAGAUGAUCGCGAGCCGCCAAUUUCGCCAGGCCAGGAAAUGGAGAGUUCUUGGCUGUCAUCUGAGGAAGGGACGGGGGUCGCUGGCACGGAGGAGGACGAGCCUGAAAUGACGGCCGAUAUCUUGCAAUCGUCUGGAUUGACCGAGAUGUCACCUAUCGGGUAUGACGCCGACCAACAAGCCGCCAUCCACGAGGAAUUGAAAGAGUUUCUGGGCAGUGACGACGAGAGCGAGAGUGACAGUGAUGCCUCCUUCAUGGAAGAUGCUCCCACAACGGCGCCCAGCAAGAAGCGGAAGCGUCCGGAGGAUACAGAAGAUGAGGACGAGGGAGGAGAUGACAAGGGAGACAGGGCGCAAGAUGCCGGAAAACCCCAUGGCUCGCGACUCGCGCAGCGGAUUCGGCGGGUGUAUGAGCGGCCCGGCACCGCACUCUCCCAAGCAGUGUCUAGUGCAGCAAACUCGGAAUCGCCCAGCAGUGAACCGGAGGUGCAGGCCGAUGCGCCUUCGGGGUCCCAACCAGCGGGCACGAUGCCGGCUCCGGAAGAAGAGGAUGAUGAGCUCGAACGGGAGAUGAUGGCGGCGUUUGAAGAUGGCGAUUACGACGCGACGGCCGAGGAGAAGAUCGCGGAAGAGAACGGUUGA